AUGCGCUCUCAGCCUUUCACUCGCUUCUCUCGACUAACCUCCCUUCCGCUUCUUCAUCGAUCACCAUCUCCUUCCUUUCAACCUUCGAUUUCUCCUGAAAUCAAAUUACUCCUCACUUCUGACAACCGACCUGCACCGACUCUUCUCACCUGCACCAACUCUUCUCUCCAUCUCAGCUUCACAGAUAUGUCUAGUAAUGAUCCGAGAUGGGGUUACGGGAAACCAAUUGAAGGAAAGGGUAAUGCUUUGGUGAUAUGUGAUUUUUGGAAUUUCCUUUCCAAGGGUAGGAUUACAAGACACAAGCAUCACCUUGUUGGUGAUUCCCCCCAAAUAAAGAAGAGUGAACAAAUACCCCGCUUUGAUGAUGCCUUUGUCGAUAUAAACGAUAAAGACGAAGAAGCUACAACUAAUAUUGACUUUUUCCAAUGGAAAAGCAAGAGGCCCAUGUCGUCCAGUAGCUCAACUGUAAACACUAAGAACCCUACAAAAGGGCCUUUGGAUGUGAUGUACCCACCAUCUAAGAUAACAAGGACGAGAAAGGGGGAACUUGGUUGGAACCUUUGA